GAAUUAUCUAAAUGAAGGGAUUGACGCGGUUGCUAAUGGCGGGUUAGGAACGACGAUGCCUCGGGCUAUAUUAAUCGAUGCAUUGCCGACUCUUUUCCUUCCCUUUCGCCUUCUCCUUCGAUCAAGCUGCUUCGCAGAGGAUCAAAAUACUUGCUUUCUUCUCCUCUUUGUUGGUCGCUAAACUUCGCAUUGCUUCUGCGCGUCGUCCGCCCCUUGAUUUCUCUUGUGAGGUAUCGAUAUGGAAUUUGAGGGUAGGUACAAGAAGGUUCAAUCUCAGGGUGGCCGAUUUGAUUGCCUUCUCUUUGAUCUUGAUGACACACUAUAUCCAUUGAGUUCUGGCAUGGCCGCAGAGUGCCGCAAGAACAUCGGAGAGUAUAUGCUUGAAAAGCUUGGGAUUGAAGAGAGCAAGAUACCAGACUUGUGUAGUGUACUGUAUCAGAAAUAUGGAACAACAAUGGCUGGUCUAAGGGCCAUUGGCUACAACUUCAAUUAUGAUGAUUACCACAGCUUUGUUCAUGGAAGAUUACCUUAUGAAACAUUAAAGCCAGAUCCUGUUCUAAGGCAACUCUUGUUGAGCCUUCCAAUUCGCAAAGCCAUAUUUACGAAUGCCGAUCGAGAUCAUGCUGCCAGAGUUCUCAAGCGGCUUGGUCUGGAGGAUUGUUUUGAGGGAGUUAUUUGCUUUGAGACGCUGAACCAGCCAUCCUCUUCCUCUGGGGAAGAGACCUCAAGCAACAUCUUUGACAUAGUCGGUUACUUAUCGACACCUGACCCUGCAGUUGAUCAACCAAAAACACCAAUACUGUGCAAACCAUCCGUAGAAGCCAUGGAGCAAGCUCUCAGAAUAGCAAAUUUUGACCCCCAAAGAACUGUUUUCUUUGAUGACAGCGCGCGGAAUAUUCAAUCUGCAAAAGCAAUCGGACUCCACACUGUCUUGGUUGGCACUUCACAGAGAGUCAAAGGCGCAGACCAUGCUUUAGAAAGCAUCCACAACGUAAGGGAAGCAUUGCCUGAGCUCUGGGAGGAGGCCGAGAAAUCCAGCAACAUUCGACCGUCGAACAAUGUCACUAUGGAGACCUCUGUGACUGCCUAAGCUAAUUCUUCUACCUUGUCGUUGGCUUUGUUCAUAUGUUUCCUUUUCUUUCUUGUUAGAUGGCUCUUAUUCCACGAUCAUGUAUUUCCUACAAUGCCUGCAAUAUUCCACGAUCAUUUUCAUCA